AAAAUAAGUACUGCCCACUGAUUGUGUUAUUGGUUUUGUAUAAUCAAUUAUUUAGCGAUAGAGUGCCGCAAUAUUUACUCUGUAGAUUUAAAAAUUAGGAAUAUUCUAGUGUUGCUUUUUUUUUAUUAUUAUUAUAAAGUUUGAGGCGAUUCCAAUGACGUGUGAAAAACAUUUCUCAGUAAGUUAAACUAAAAAAUAAUUUAAUUUUUAACCCGACAUAUACAUUUACUGAAGCUGCAGCUUAAGAUAAUAUAAUUUACCAUUAUGGAUGAUGAAGAUACAGAUUUUACUCUCAAUGCUGCUGCCAGGUCUCGUCUUUCAAGUCUAUUUCAAGCCGAAACUUCUAGUUCUGAUGUAAAUCAAGCUUUGACAUUCACUGCACCUAAGCAACCUAGAAAAACUGAAAACCCACAGAGCAGCUCUGGAACUUUAAAGUUAAUUCAUGCUGCUGUAGUUCAUGCAUUUAAAUUAAAGGAUGGAAAUUAUACUAAUCAAGGAAAAUUAGGCUGUGCAAUAUUAGGCCUGCAUGAAGCUUCAACCUAUAAAUUUCUGCUGUAUAAAGGCAAGCAAGUACAAGUUACUUCUUGCAGUAUCAUUCCAAGUUUUACAUUUCAUGUGCAGCCUAAUAAUUAUGCUAACAUUUAUGAUGAAAAUAAAGAAAAUUGGUCCUUGAAUUUUCUUUCUGAAGCAGAACUAUCAGAAUUUGCUAAACAGAUUGCCUUAGCUAAGGCAAAUUGUCAAGGCAAGAAUCUGUCACUAGUUAUCCAAGAUUUGCUUCAAGGAGAAGGUCCAGGUUUAGAAAGUGGAGAUUCAGCUGAAGUUAAAUACAUAGGUUGGCUACUGCAAAAUUAUUCAUUUGGCCAGGUUUUUGACAGCAAUAUGAGUUCAGAGUCAUUUUUCCGUGUGCGUCUUGGAAAGAGUAAGGUAAUUAAGGGAUGGAAUGAAGGUCUUUUAGGUGCUCAGAAAGGCUGCAAACGUCUGUUGAUUGUGCCUCCUAAUUUAGCAUAUGGUUCAGAAGGUAUGGGCAAUACCAUACCACCACAUUCCACCUUAAUUUUUGAAAUUCAUGUAGUAAAAGUUAAAAUUUCUCGAGAUGCCUCUCAUUCUCCUAGCCCAGUUAAAGUUUCUGAUAACAUUGCAGAAAAAAAACCUGAAGUUCCACCUCGCCAUUCUAUAUCGCAAGAAGAUAAUAUAAGAAUGAGAGGUGCUUCAAUAUCUGAACAAUUAACCCAAAGUCCCAAGAAGGACAAAGCUCAGCUCAUAUCUCGUAUGGCAAAAAUGGGAACAGCAACUCUACCUUUCCAGGGAGCAGUUGCAGCUCAAGUCAGUAGUGAUUCAGAAAAUGAGGAAGAAAUUUCAGCUCCUCCAGUUACAACACAAAGUUCAUCUAGAACAUCUUCUCCAAAACCCUUUUCAAAACCUAGGUCUCGUACAAAUUCUGGAACUAUCACUUUUGCUCAAGUAACUCAUCCUCAACCACUACCAGCAAAUACUCCAUUCCAAAUGACUCAGCAGUCUAGUCAAGUUUCACUUUAUGCACAGUCAGCCAUGCCAGUGCAGCAGCCGUAUGUGACUUCUGCACCAUUUCCAGCAUAUCCACCUCAAAUAUCAAGUCCUUUUCAAGUUCCACAAACUCAGUUUCCUAUGCAUGGUAUUUCAGGAGUGAUGCCAUCUAUUCCUACAAGUAUGGCAGAUGCUCAUCUACCAUUACUUAUUACUGAAACCCGAAGUCAAAAUGCUGAAGUGAGAUUAAGUUUGUCAAAGAUAACUGAUAAAGUGGACUCUGUUAUUCAAAAGGUUGAUGAUUUACGCCUGCAACAGGGUAAAUCAACUGGUUUGAGUCAUAUGCAUUUUAUGGAAGGUACUAUUCUUCUUCAAAAUAUUCAAAGAAUUAUCCAGGAGAAUCAACAACUAAAGGAGGAUGUUGAAAUAAGAAAUUCUAAAAUACAGGCCCUCAAUGAAAAAAUCUGUGAUCUCUUGCAAAGAAAUCAAAGGUUUUUUGAAGAGAGCACUAAUAUAAUGGAGCAAAGGAAAGAUUCACUUCAGGCUGCAAAUACACAAUCUCAUGUGAAAUUACUCAGUUUAGAGGAAGAGAAGGCUAAGCUUUCAUCUGAAUUAAUAAAUGCAACUGCGAAAUUAAAAAAUGUGGAGGCUGAUCUUCUUAGGCAUGAGAAUCAAGAAAAGGAGUUGCAGCAGAAAUUACUAGAAUCAGAGAGAGAGUUUAAAGAAUUAAAAGACAGACAGAAUAUAAAUACUGAAAAGGAAUCUUUGCUAAAUUCUUUAUGUGCUGAAUUGGAAAAUUUCAAGCAUGAGAAUAGGCUUCUAAAUACUAAGUUGCAAAGUCUGGAAGAGAAGCAGAAGGAAUUACAAGAUACAAACGAAUCAUUAGAAAAGCUUCUUUUAGAAAGUAAACAAAAGAUUCAAGAAAUAAAAUCUAAAGCUGCUUCUGAUUUGGAAAAUUUAAAUGCUGCUCAUGAGGAAGAAAUUCAAUCAUUUCAAAAGAAACUAAGGGAGAGAACAUCAUCAUUGAAUGAAGCAAGUAAUACUACUAAUGAACCUGAUCAGGAGAAAGAAAACCUCAGGCAAGAAUUAGAAAGUACCCUUGAGAAAAAAGAUGAGUUGGAGUCAAUCGUUUAUCAACUUAAGAAACAGCUAACUGAACGGGAAAAAGAAAUGCUACAGUAUACAGAAAAAAAUUCUGAAUUACAAAGUGAACUUGAAAAAUCUCUCAUCUGGAAAAAAAAGUAUGAUAUCUUCUAUGAGAAAACGUGUGCAUUAAAGGAAAGAUAUGAAAAUCAAAUUGUUGAACUUAUGAAGGAAGUGAAGCAUUUGCAGUCAUCUAAACAUUCUGGAAAUUCACCUGAUUUUUCUGCUGAGAUUAAAAAGGUAAUGAAUGCUCUUUACAAGCUUCUACAAGGGAAAUUUGAACCAAAUACUGCAUAUCCUGGAGCUAAAGUAUUAGAAAUGACACUGCAGACUAUUAGGGGUUUGACUUUUCAGAUGUUGGAAAUGAAGCGUAAAUCUUCUACAGAUUCAUCUGAACAAAUUUCUGAUCCUGGAAAGUGCUCAGUUGAUGAUGGAUUAAAAUCAAAAUCAAAUGCACUUGAAAAGAAAACAGAGAAUGAAAUAUCAGACCAGCUCAUUUCUAACGAAACUGAAGUAUCUUCACUUCCUCAAAAUGGUUUUCCUGAAGAAAAUGCGAUUGACUCUUCAUUUAACAAAGAGCAGAUAGAAAGUAGUACAGUUAGCAAUAUUAGUGAGCAUAGUAUUUCUGAAAAUCAACCAGAACCUUCGCCUAUUAGCAAAGAUCAGUCAGAUAGUAGUGCAUCUAGCACUACUAUUAGCAACAGUAUUGAGCAAACUGUUUCUGAAAAUCAGACAGAACCUAUGCAAAUGGAAAAUGCUCUGAACAACAUAAGAAAUGAUGAUACUUUACAUAAUAACCUAGGUACUACAGCUGUCGAUAAAUCAGAAGCUGAUGGAAAACUAAAAACUGAAACAAAAGAAGCUGCACAGGAUAGUAUGCGUGCUUCACCUGAUAGCACUGUACAGCUUUCCUCAGGCAACAUGUUUUCUGAAUCGCUUUCUGAAAAUGAGAGGACCAAGCAGACAAUGGCAGAGAUUUGUGCUCCGUUUGAUAUCUACAGAAGCCUUUUCUGGAAUUCCUUUUAUGCUAUUUUGCUUGGUUAUGUGGUGUUUUGGAUUGGUGCUUGGGUACAUGGUUUGGCGACCACAACCUCCCCCUCUCUUUGAUGAUGACGACGAUGAUGAUGAUGAUGAUGAUGAUGAUUGGCUUAAGUGAAGUAGUGUUUGUAAUUGGGAAAAAGUGAUCUG